AUGGCCUCGCCGGCGACCCCGGCGGCGGCGGAGGCUGUCACGGGUGCCGCCGUGAGCGCGGGGUUCGCGGAGCUGGAGCGGCAGCAGCAGCUGCUGGCCAGCUGCACGCGCCUCUACCAGCAGCUCUCCGACCACUUCGCCACGCUCGACCGCGGCCUCGCCGCCCGCUCCGACGCCAUACGCCACAAGCGCCGCGCCGCCGAGGCCCGCACCGCCCGCGCGCUCGACUCCCUCCGCCGCCGCGAGCUCACCGUCGACGCCUCCGUCGACCGCGCGCUCCACCACCUCGACUCCAUCGCCGCCACCUCCUCCGCCGCCUCGCCCCCCGCCGCGGGCCUCGCCGAGGCGCUCAGGGCGCUCUGCGCCAGGAUGGACGCCGCGGCCUUCCUCGGCUUCGUCGCCGCGCGCCGCAAGGAGGGCGACGCGCUGCGGGCCGAGGUGCCGCCCGCGCUCAGCUGCUGCGUCGAUCCGGCCAACUUCGUCAUGGACGCGGUCGCCGACGUCUUCCCGGUGGACCGCCGCGAGAUGAAGAGCCCCGCCGACCUGGCCUGGGCCUGCGUGCUCAUCCUCGAGGCGGCCGUUCCCGCGCUGGCCGAUCCGGACCCGGAGAUCGGGACUGCACGCCCCUUGGUGCCGCGGGCCGCGCGGGAGCGCGCGCGGGGCAUGGCCAGGGAGUGGAAGGAGGCGGUGGAGCUCAAGGGUGGGGUGGAGGGGGCAAAGCCCCCCGACGCGCACGCCUUCCUGCAGCAUGUCGCCACCUUCGCCGUCGCAGAGAGGGAGGACCGACCGCUGUACCGGAGGAUCGUCGUCAGCUUCUCCUGGCGCCGACAGAUGCCACGCCUCGCUCUCGCCCUCGGACUCGACGAUGAGAUGCCUGAUAUUAUUGAGGAGCUCAUUGCCAAGGGCCAGCAGCUUGAUGCUGUGAAUUUCGCAUAUGAGGCUGGACUUCAGGAGAAGUUCCCUCCAGUUCCUCUUCUGAAAUCCUACCUGGAGGACUCGAAGAAGACAUCGCCUACUGUCUCAGAUAACUCAAGCACUAGCAGUGGCCAAUCUGGGAGCAACACGAACAAGAAAGAGCAGUCAGCGCUGCGAGCUGUCAUAAAAUGCAUCGAGGACCGCAAACUAGAGUCUGAGUUUCCACUGGAGGAUCUUCAGAAGCAGCUUGAAGACCUGGAGAAGGCCAAGACUGAGAAGAAAAAGGCAUCCUCAAGCGCUUCCAGCGGUGGUACCAGUGAACCUGCCAACAAGCGCAUCCGGGCGAGCAACGGAGGCCCAAUGCCUCCUGCUAAGGCAGGUCGCCUCACUAACAACACGUCUGUGUCUUCCUUCCCAGUCGCCACUGCAUUUGUUCGCUCCCCCUCGCAAACAUCAUACGCCACACCCUCCUCCUACCCUUAUGAUAGGCAGCCCACGCAUGGCCUCUACUGUAACCGGAGCCCUCCGGCGAUCAGAGAGCCAUAUGUCUACCCAGCCAACGAGGUACCCAGUGUCGGGUUUGGAGUGCCAUACUCAUCCCCUCCCAUGACCUACCCUGCCACAUAUGGCGGAUACAGCAAUGGUUUGCCAGCUUACAACAAUGGAAUGGCCCCAGCCUUCCACCAGGCUUACUACCGGUAGGAUCAGUCAGGAAACGUCGCUGAUGAAUGACAUGACAAUAACCAAUAUGAUGUCGACGACUCAUUACGGCAAUGGCCUUAUUUUGUAGCGACUGACUACAACAGUAGGCUGGUACCUCAUCUCAGUUCUCAUAUGUUCUUACCACUACUACUACUAAAUGCUUUGUCUUAGUCCUCUCCUGUUAGAACACUACUUUGUACUACUAAGAAAUCUGGAUGUAAAUUAUGUGUUCCGUCCACGAGACUUACCGCCUUAUGUAAUCCUGUCCCUAUUCAGGAACAAGGGAAAAAACCUUAAAAAAAAUAUCGUGUAAUUCUUCAGUACUUGAUCAAUCUUGUGCUUAAUCAAAUCAAUUUCAGUUUUA